AUGAGUGCUCGAUCACGUUUAGCAACUAAACGAAAAAAUGCUCGAAAUAUCACAUCAUCCGUUGAAAAUCAAUCAAAUUCUGUAAAUGAACUUAAUCCAACAUCAUCAAAACGUCCAAAAAUAGUAACUGAAAAACGACUUCGUCGAUAUCGUGCAUCAAUGACUAUUGGUAUAUAUGAUCGUAUUGAACGUGCUUUAAAUCAACGACUUUAUUUACUAGCUAUAACAAAAUCAUCAAAUGAAUCAAUUUAUCGAGAAUAUAAAGUACUUGGACAAACAGCUAAUGUUUAUACAGUUAUAAUUACUCACAUACCAUCAUGUACUUGUCCAGAUUAUGCAAAAGGCAAUUUAUGUAAACAUAUUAUAUUUGUUCUACAUCGUGUACUUAAAGUUAAUCGUAAUUCUCCAUUACUUUAUCAACAAGCAUUACUUACAAAUGAAUUAAAUGAAAUUUUUACAAAAGCUGAUUCACAAUAUAAUGAUUCACAUAUUCUUGCUGAACAAUCGAUUCGUGAAGCUUAUCAUGCUAAAACAGGUGAUCCAAAUGUUAUUUUAAAUAGAAAAAAUAUUCAACAAAAAACAAUAACAGAUGAUGAUGAAUGUCCAAUUUGUUAUGAAUCUAUGAUAAAUGAUAAGAAUAGUAUUUUAUUUUGUUCAACAUCAUGUGGAAAUAAUAUGCAUAAAAAUUGUUUUGAACAAUGGCGUCGAGCUAAAUUAUUAAUGAAUGAAUCAGUUACUUGUCCAUUUUGUCGAAUUGAAUGGAAAUCUAUUAUAAAAAAAGAUCAUAAUCAAAGUGAAUAUCUUAAUUUAGCUGCUUAUUCAACAACACAUGAUUAUGAUGAAGAAAAUGAUAAUUGGAUAUUUUAUAAUUAUUAUUAA